AUGAGUGUCGUGUGGAAUAACGAACUAGAACUGUCACUUAUUGAAUGUUUUCGUGCUGAGCCGGUAUUAUGGGAUGUUAAAUUGAAAAACUAUAAAAAUAAACUGAAACAGCAUGAUGCUUGGAUGCGGAUAAGUACUGUGAUGGAAAUACCAGUAGAUGAAUUGAAAAAGAAAAAGGAUUCUCUCAUGUCAAGUUAUAGGAGCUACAAGGGGAAAGUUAAGAAGUCUGUUCAAUCGGGAGCUGGUGCCGAUGAGAUAUAUGAGCCUACUUGGUUUGCUUACGAAGCAAUGAAUGUUUUUUUGGGAGAUACCCUGACUUGUAAAAAAAAUAUGAAUACGGAAACUGGGGAGAAACAGCCUACAGAAGCAAAUCUCGAAGCAACUGAAGAGAAUGUUGACAACAAUGAAAAUCGAAGUCAGUCUAAGAAAAACCAAAAAGACAGCGACCAGACAAUCCGCCGACACAAAACCUCUACGGAACUGGUUGAAGCAGGAAACAUCGUUAAAGACGCUCUUGCCAUCUUUAAAUCCACGCUAAAAAGGAAUCCAUCACAGCCUGUCCAGCAAGAGGAUGAUUGCGAUUUAUACGGAAAAUUAUUAGCGAAUAAGUUGCGAAAAUUAUCUGAAAAGAACAAAUUGCAGUUGAUGCACGACAUUGACGGCAUGUAUUUACGAUACCAAUAUGAUGACCCUGUGAUGUCUCCAACGCCACCUCAAUUUGAACCAAGACCGGGCACAUCAUCAUCUACGCAUUCAGAGCCUCCAUUGCAAUAUGGACAGGCGAAUCAAAAUGCUCAUUACCAAAACAGACAAGUAAUAUCAGUCCCAGCUUCUAAUAUCAUCUUUCGAUCCCACCAGCUUGUUUCUUCACCAGAUUAUCCUGUCCUUCAUAUAUCAGAGAACCAAGAUGCUAAUACAUCUAAUCAAAAUAUAGAUAUAGUUCAGACAGCUUUUGACUUAAGUUAA